AUUUAAUGAGUUAAGUCGUUGGCUAUUCAUAUUAAUGAUACUCAUUAAUGAAGCAUCAGUUGAAGGAAGGACAAUUUCAUAUGCUGUAAACAAAGCAAUAAUCAAAACCAUUAAGGUAGAGAAUGAUGAGAUCAUCGAUUGUUAUGAUAUUUACAGACAACCGAGUCUUAAUCAUCCUUUGCUUCAUAAUCAUACAAUACAGAUGAGACCAAGUUCAUACCCAAAAAUGAUGAAAUAUAAUAGUUUUGGGUCACUCCAACUUACACAAUUUUGGCAUAAAUAUGGACUGUGUCCAAAAGGAACUAUUCCUAUACGGAGAAAAGGAAAAAAUUACAAUCCGACGCUUCUACGUAAACAUCAUUAUCCAACAUUAUCAACAUCACAACAAGACAAUGAAGGCAACCAUGAGUACGCAACCAUUAAGGUACACGGCAAUUUUCUAGGAGCACGAGCAAAAAUAAACCUUUGGAAACCACUUACUGAGACACCGACUGAAAUUAGUGUAUCCCAAAUCUGGGUCUCGGCAGGUGACGAAAAAAAUGUGAAUACUAUUGAAGCUGGAUGGGAAGUGGGCCAAUCCAUAUUUGGUGACGACCAAACCAGAUUCUUUUUAUACUGGACGACGGAUGAUUAUGUUAGCACGGGUUGCUACAACCUCUUAUGUGAAGGCUUUGUGCACACAUCUUCAAAUGUCGCCCUUGGUUGCAAUUUCACCGAGUUGUCCACUUUCCAAGGAAAUCAAAAAGAUGCCACCUUCAGUAUUUACAAGGACCAAAAUAGUGGAAAUUGGUGGAUACAAUUACAAGGAAUUCCUAUUGGAUAUUAUCCAGGUUCCCUCUUCACAGAAUUAUCAAAUACAGCUACAGAAAUAACUUGGGGUGGAGAAAUCACCGAUGAAAAAAGUAAAGGACGACAUACUUCGACUCAAAUGGGUAGCGGUCAUUUCCCUUCAGAAGGUCGUUUGAACAUAUCUAGUUAUUUUAACUGGGUGCAAGUAGUUGAUGAAAAUAACGCGAUCAAGGACCCUCAAAACGUUGUAAAAUCGGUGACAAAUCCAAAUUGCUAUAAUUUGGAAAUCGACGAUAACCAUCAUAAUACAAAUGGUUAUAGUUUUUACUAUGGAGGUCGUGGUUAUAAUGACAAAUGUCAAUGACUCUAUAUAUGAUACUAAAAUCUAUCGGUUUCUAAAAAAUUUCGAAAAAGAAUAGGUUUUAUUCUCAAAAAUUUUAUCCAUACUUUACAUUUUUUUUAUUA